AUGGCACCUCCUCAUCCGAGAGACCCUUCGACAGCUUCCAACUAUGAACAAGUGAGUGCUUCAUAUAAAAAAAAUGGAACGCAAGAGAAACUUCAGGUGGUCGUUUCGCACUACUCCUUGAAAUGGAAAGUUGACUUUGAAAAGAAACAUAUCUCUGGAGACGUGCAAAUGAAUUUAAAAGUAAAUCAGAAUUCUUCUGAAAUUGUGUUGGAUACCCGCGAACUUGUGGUUCAAUCCGUAUCUCUGAAAUUGAACGGGGAAAAAGUCCAAGCGGAAUAUGCUUUGAAGGAUAAUGGAGCUCUAGGACAAAAGUUGGUCGUAUCCAAUGUAUCUCUGAAAACAGGAGAUACUCCAGUGCUAGAAAUCAAGUAUGAAACAAGUAACAACGCUGCUGCACUUCAAUUUUUGACAUCGGAUCAAACUACCGACAAAGUUGCUCCAUAUCUUUUCUCCCAAUGUCAAGCCAUCAACGCUCGUUCAAUUGUUCCAUGCAUGGAUACUCCUUCUGUGAAAAGUACAUAUGACGCUGAAGUUUGUGUUCCGCUUGGUUUAACCUGCCUAAUGUCAGCAAUUGGACAAGGAUCAAAACAAUCAGAAUGCGGGAAGCGAACUAUGUUUUCUUUCAAGCAGCCAGUUGCUAUUCCGUCUUACCUUCUUGCUAUCGUUGUUGGCCACCUGGAACAAAAAGUGAUUAGUGAGAGAUGUGCAGUGUGGGCGGAGCCUUCUCAAGCCGAAGCAUCGUAUUACGAGUUCGCUGAAACGGAGAAGAUUCUGAAAGUCGCUGAAGAAGUUGCUGGACCAUAUGUUUGGGGAAGAUAUGAUUUGGUUGUACUUCCUGCAACAUUCCCGUUCGGUGGAAUGGAAAAUCCAUGCUUGACCUUCAUCACCCCCACUCUUCUUGCUGGUGAUCGUAGUCUGGUCAACGUUAUUGCUCAUGAAAUUUCUCACAGUUGGACCGGUAAUCUUGUCACAAAUUUCUCUUGGGAACACUUCUGGCUCAACGAAGGCUUUACUGUUUUUCUGGAGAGAAAAAUUCAUGGAAAGAUGUAUGGAGAACUUGAGAGACAGUUUGAGAGUGAAAGCGGAUUUGAAGAAGCUCUUGUGCGAACUGUAAACGACGUUUUUGGGCCAGACCAUGAGUACACGAAACUCGUUCAAAACCUGGGAGAUGCAGAUCCAGAUGAUGCAUUUUCGUCAGUACCAUACGAGAAAGGAUCAGCUUUUCUUUUCACAAUCGAACAAGCACUAGGGGAUAAUGCUCGUUUUGAAGAGUUCCUCAGGAACUACAUUCAAAAGUACGUUUAUAAAACAGUGUCUACAGACGAAUGGAAAGAAUAUCUGUACGAGUCGUUCUCUGACAAGAAAGUUAUCCUUGACAAUAUCGAUUGGAAUUUGUGGUUGCACAAGGCUGGUCUUCCACCAAAGCCAAAAUAUGACUCUACUUUAAUGAAAGCAUGCAAGGAGCUCGCUGCCAAAUGGACUACAGAAGGCUCGGAAGCACCAACGGAUGGAGAGAGCUUCGUGAAAAUGUCGAACUCUCAGAAGCUUGCCGUCAUUGACGCUAUUCGCGUAAACAAAAAUUCCUUUGGAGAUCGUAUGCCAGCUUUGACUGCUACAUACAAGUUGGAUCAAGCGAAGAAUGCGGAACUCAAAUUUUCAUGGCUCAUGCUGGGACUUGAGACGAAGUGGACUCCUAUUAUUGAUGCAAGUCUAGCUUUUGCUCUGGCCGUUGGAAGAAUGAAAUAUUGCAAGCCGAUCUAUAGAUCACUGUUUGGAUGGAGCGCAACCCGUGAUCGAGCUAUUUCUCAGUUCAAAUCAAACAUUCCGAACAUGCAUCCAAUCACUGUCAAAGCGAUUCAAAGUUUGCUGAAGUAA